AUGUCUCGUGCCAGUGGUAACAGAAGAAACCUUGCUAUCGGAAUCGAUUUAGGCACAACUUAUUCGUGUGUUGGUGUCUUUCAACAUGGGAAAGUGGAGAUUAUUGCCAACGAUCAAGGAAAUCGGACAACACCAUCGUAUGUCGCAUUUACGGAUACAGAUCGUUUAAUUGGCGAUGCAGCGAAGAAUCAAGCAGCAAUGAAUCCGUCGAACACAGUUUUCGAUGCCAAGCGUUUGAUCGGUCGACGUUUUGACGAAGAAACUGUUCAGAAAGACAUUAAAUUAUGGCCGUUCAAAGUAGUCAGUGGUAAAGAUCGUAAACCAUUCAUUGAAGUGGAAUUCAAAGGAGAAAGAAAACUUUUCUCGCCCGAGGAAAUCUCAUCGAUGGUAUUAACGAAAAUGAAGGAAACUGCCGAAGCUUUCUUAGGUACACAAAUCAGACAAGCGGUAAUCACAGUCCCAGCUUAUUUCAAUGAUUCACAGCGACAGGCAACAAAAGAUGCAGGUACAAUUGCUGGCCUUGAUGUGCUUCGUAUCAUUAACGAACCAACGGCUGGUGCACUUGCGUAUGGUCUCGAAAAGAGACUUCAACGCGAUCAAAACAUUCUUAUUUAUGAUCUCGGUGGUGGCACUUUCGAUGUUUCGAUAUUAACCAUCAGUGGUAGUGAUGAAGGUGGUUCAGUUUUCGAAGUUAAAUCUACUGCCGGUGAUACUCAUUUGGGCGGUGAAGAUUUUGACAAUCGUUUAGUACAACAUUUUGUCGACGAAUUUCGCCGCAAACAUGGCAAAGAUAUUUCCCGACAUACGAAAGCAGUCCGUCGUUUACGAAGUGCAUGCGAACGGGCUAAACGUACACUAUCAUCAUCGACAACGGCUUCGAUCGAAAUCGACUCACUCUUCGAAGGCAUCGACUACAACACACAAAUUAGUCGUGCUCGGUUCGAAGAACUCAACAUGGAUUUCUUCCGAGGAACACUCGGACCUGUUGAACAGGCUCUUCGAGAUGCCAAACUGAACAAACGUGAUAUCGAAGAAGUUGUCUUAGUUGGUGGUUCUACACGGAUCCCAAGAGUGCAACAGUUAUUGUCGGAGUUUUUCAAUGGUAAAACUCUAAAUAAAAACAUCAAUCCUGACGAGGCUGUGGCCUAUGGUGCUGCUGUCCAAGCUGCUAUUUUAGUUGGUGACAAAAGUGAAAUGAUCAAAGACGUUUUACUUAUUGACGUAACACCAUUAUCUAUGGGUAUUGAAACAGCUGGUGGUGUAAUGGCGAAACUGGUUGAACGAAACCAACGUAUUCCACACAAGAAAACGGAAACAUUUACAACCUAUUCGGAUAAUCAACCUGCAGUUUCUAUUCAAGUUUAUGAAGGUGAACGAUCUAUGACGCGAGAUAACCACCUUUUAGGUAAAUUCAAUCUCGAAGGCAUUCCACCAGCACCGCGUGGUGUACCACAAAUCAAUGUUACUUUUGACUUGGAUGUCAAUGGUAUCCUUCAUGUCACCGCAGAAGAUAAGAGCACCGGUCGAAAUAAGAAAAUCGAAAUCAAGAACGAUAAAGGACGCUUGUCGCAAGCAGAAAUUCAACGCAUGGUCAACGAUGCUGAACAAUAUCGCGAAGACGAUGAACGGGCACGUGAACGUGUCAAUGCACGAAAUCGUCUCGAAACGUAUGCCUAUUCAUGUAAACAGGCAGUCGAGAACUAUAAUGGUUCAGCAAUAACCAGUUCAGAUAAAUCCAGUGUAUUGAAUGCAUGCGAAGAAACACAACGGUGGUUAGAUAGAAAUCAACUGGCAGAAAAGGACGAAAUCGAUCAUCAAUAUAGUGCGUUGGAAAGAACAUGUCAAAGAGUGAUGACAAAGAUGCAUGGUGGCGCCGGCGGCGGCAGUAAUGGUAAUCGUGGCGGUUACGCAGGAAAUUAUAAUGGUCAAGGACAAGAUAGUUAUUCGGGACCACGUGUGGAAGAAGUUGAUUAA